CCCCAUUCCUCCAUCCAGGAUGUGGAUGAGUUGAGCUCCUGCGGUGCCCAACUUUUGUCCCAGAAGCUUGGGAAUCUCCAGCUGCAGACAAGCACCGAGAUAAGGAGGUCAGCACUGGACCCCUCCUGUCUUCUCACCCCACCCAACACCCCCCUCGUAGAUCCUGUUCAUUUGGUUAAAGAAGCCCAAGACACACAUUCCUGGUCCUCAGAUGGCGGUGCAUACGACCAAGGUGGCUUAAUGUUGGAAUGCCUAUCGGCGCUGAAAGACGACCAUUUGAGUCAAGAUUACACCAGUAUGAAAAGGAUUUUCGAACUCAUAGAGGAAGAGGAGGAGGAGGCCGAAGAGAUGAGCAACCAUUUUGACGACAACAAUGAUGAGAUCUUCAGUUUGGAGCUCGAGCGUGACCAAAGCGGUCUUGGGCUUGCUCUAGUUGACACAAGGGAUAUGUCAUUGAAGGUGAAAGGCAUCUUCAUUAGGGCAGUGGUCCCGGACACCCCUGCAGCCCGCUGUGAGAAGCUCCAAGCAGGAGACAGGAUCCUUGCUGUUAAUGGAAUCAGUCUGCUUGGCUCCCAUUGUCUAAAUGGCAAGGAGUUGAUGCAAUCAUCAGGUGACAGGCUGAGGCUGCUGGUGGCCAGAUCUGAUUGGAUGGCCAAGGCUAUACAGACUGAAUGCUGACGCUGCAAAAAUCAUCCAUAUAGAGUUGGGGUCCACACGUACCAAGAUCACUUAGAAUAAAGAAUUGUAGCCUAGCUGACAUUAAUGGAGGCAAUGUUUAAUUUGGCUCCAUUUAUCGGUAUGUGUGCACCGUGCAUCUCAAACCUGGUGUUGUGCUUCUCACCAGACCCACCAUGACCACCACCAAGGAAAACUGGAUUGCUUAUUCUGAAAAACAAAAUGCACUAUAAUAAAUGUGUUCUCUUUGGACUUCAAAGUCAAGUUAAUCAUCUCUGUGAAUAAAAUGUUUUUCAAGAA